AUGCCAUAUGCCUCGAGUGCCUCACUUUGCUUGAUAUUCACUGUUGUUCUUGGACUAACUAACUGCUCCCAUGCUUCGCUGCGAUUUCUCCGUGGCCGACCGAAAGGUGGCAUGUUAGUUGCUCCUGCAGCAGAACACGUGAAUCAAAAGCUUCCUGAAGCACAUUGGUUUACUCAGAGGUUGGAUCACUUUGAUGACUCCAAUACAAAAACUUGGCAGCAGAGGUUCUUUUAUAACGACGCCUUCCACACGAAACCAGAUGGACCGGUUUUCGUUAUGAUCGGUGGAGAAGGAACGGCGAACCCUAUAUGGCUGACUGUGGGGGAUAUGAUGAAGAAUGCUGAAGAUUUUGGUGCUUUUACCUUCCUUUUGGAGCAUAGAUUUUACGGCGAAAGUCGCCCAACGAGGUGAGUAAGCGAGGGAAGAACAUUUGCAGGAUUGUGUAAACUUUUGAUUAACUGUAAACAAAUAGUGGAGUAUUUAUGUACCAAGGUCUUUACCCCUUUACACACUUAUAUCAGUAUGGAUAUUCUCCAUAGUUUUCUCCAUACAUUUCCUAAGGUUCUGACAUAGAGAAUUUGUUUAACAGUCAAGAGCUUCUUUAGUUAGUGAUCAUAAGCUUUUUUCUUGUGACCCUAAUGUGUGAUUCAGGGAUGAUAUUGUAAGGAGAAGUUAGAUGCUAAUCACUUUAAGAGGUUAAAGGACUUGAAAGGAGGAAAAUGACACUCAUUCUCGCAGGUGGACUGCAAUUUCAGCAAUUGCAAAAAAGAAGCUUGGAAAAAUUGAGACUUCGACAGGAUUUAAUUAAAUUAACUUCAUGCCUCUUAGACACUAGCACCGCACCACUACCAACUGAGCUACAAAGUCAUACUUUGGGAGAGUGGGGCAAAUUUUAGAGGGUUCUUCUUUCCCAUAGAGGAAUCUGAUAACAGAAAAAGGAUGGUAAAAGAUAAAGUCUGCACUCAAGCAUAGUGGUCUAUGUAGUCAAGGUUUAUCUGGAUCCUGAAGUGUGAAGUGACCAGGUGAAUAGCCACUCCCCCCUGGAUUAGAUGUCAGUCCAUCAUAGAUUAUCCCUCCCCCCUCCCCCCACUCAGUAAUUUUUGGGGCUUCGUGAGUGGAGAGAGAUACUACAAAAUUAAAAUCUCUUGCCCACUAAUACAUCACCAUGACUUGAAAUGGUAGUCAUCUGGACCGGACCUCUCUUCCUAGUUUACAGCACACUGACUUGCACAGCUGAUACCUACCAGGAAGUGAGGGGAAAUUUGAACAGCCUAGUCAAAAAUUGAUUUGGGUUUUCUUAUAAGCAGGCCUUGAGCAUGUAGCUUGUUGGCCAUGUCCCAUGUAGGCCUUGAGGGAGGGGCAGAGGUGGUAUAUCUCUCAAAACUGAAAGAUUAACUCUUUAACUCUCAGAAAUGAUCAACAUGAAACUUCUCCCCAGAAUAUCCUUAUAUCAUCCAAGAGACAGGUAAUGAGAAUAUUCAAACUUAUCAUUUAGAGGUUGUUACCUUGAUCUCACACCAAAUUCUCACAACUUAUUUACAAGGAAAUGUGUAGCAAGUAGAGGGGAGAAUUUACAAUCAGAUCCUGGGAGUUAAAGGGUUAGGUACAUCUUGUUAUUUGCCUUAUUUUCUUGAAUUAGCACCUGGGUGCUUAUUUAAAAUUUUAGCUUAAAUAAUUGGGAAGAGGGUACUUCAUCAUUGUUCUCUUGUACUGAUUCUGUUUAAUAUAUGAAGCUUAAAAAGUUUUGAAUAAAGUGGCAGUAGAAACAGGUUUACCUUCUAUCCCUACUCUUUAGGAAAGUAAGGGUGCAUUGGGGUCAUUUGAGGGGGAUGCUUGUUUGAAGUUAUUGUUUGGGGGGUGGGUGCUUAUUUGGGGGACGGAGCAUAUUAGAGAGCAAAGAAAUACAGUAUCCACUCAACUUUUGUGGUUGAAACACAAAAUGCGGAUGCAAGGGCCUCCCUACCUGAAAACUAAACAUGGACCUCCCUCUACACUGUAACUGGCUUUAGGUAAUUUUACCCUCACCUGAAAAAUUAUCAAAAAAGCCACUGAUGCAAAAUUUGUUCUCCAUUUUUCCAGUGAUAUGAGUGAUUCAAGCCUUAAGUAUCUAAAUAGUGAACAAGCAUUGGCAGAUCUGGCAACAUUUUGUCAGGAAAUGGCUUUGAAGUUUAAUCUGACAAACAGCAAAUGGAUAUCAUUUGGUGGCUCAUACCCUGGGUCAUUAUCAGCCUGGUACAGACUCAAGUAUCCGCAUCUGGUGCAGGGUGGGUAGACUGUUUCACUGGGUAAGUUAGUAUUAUCAACUGAGUUCAUAACGUAAAUUGGCCUCUUUUAAGAGUUUCAAAGCUGGCGUUUUGUAGGUUAGCCCUUUGUCAGAGCCCUUUGCUCUAAUGAAGGGAUAAUGCUCGAAACUUCAGCUUUAAAACUCUUUAUGGUAGCCAAUUUACACUUUCAACUUAUUGAUAAUACUUAACUGCCCUGUUGUCCUCUCCCACUGACACCGACAGCACCACACUUUCUUUAGAAACUUACCCCCUUUAUUCAGACUGUUUUACUGUCAUUACUGAAUUUAUAUGAUAAAACCAUAACUAAUAAAAUGUAAUCACAUUGUUAUGUUUGCAUUGAGCAAAACAUUGGCAAACUAGAAGAAGCUUGUGAUAACAAUGUACUAAGUCAAGUCAUUUCAGAAGUCUCUGGACAAAUUACUAAGUUAAUCAAAACUAUAACAAAAUUCUUGACCAUAAUUGGUUUCAAAAGGUUUGUCAGAAAGAAGAGUGGUUAGCUGUCUUUAUAUCAUACCUGUCAGAGUAUGCAUAGAUCUGAAACAUCACCAUCAUUUUAACAUAUCUCCAUCUACACCUACCCAUUUACCAACGAGAACAUGCGCCAUGCCUCAGUUGGUCAUUUAGACAAAUUGAUUGUGAUCCACAUAUUUUAACCACUUUCUGAAUUUUAAAAAGUAAGUGAAGUAUUUCUGUCAUGUGUACAUGUAUUUUCAUUUUCCUUGUAGGGGCUGUUGCUUCAAGUGCUCCUGUCUUUGCCACAGUCAACUUUCCUCAAUACAUGGAUGUUGUUACUGCCUCACUUGAAACAACAGGUCAAGACUGUGUGAGAAAUAUUGAUAAUGCAACAAAAACAAUGCAGGCAUUACUAACCACAGAGGAAGGUGCAAAGCAACUCACAGAGCUAUUUGAGUGAGUAAAUUUCCUGUAUUUGGAUUUUUUGUCAUGAUUUCAUUUUCAUUACUGACGAUAUCUGAGCAUGGACUAAGCCUUGAACGUGCUUAACUUGCAGUAAUUUUCAUUUUGUUCCAAAUUUGAAACAGUAAGUUAGGAUAGUAUGGGUGACUUUUGCGUGAAACUUUCAAAGGAACCACUGUUCACUGUCCGCUGUCAGCCACUCAGCAACCUCGUUUUGAGUUAUUUCUGACACAGACAUGACAAAAUUACAAACACUUGUUGUCAUGUAUAUUUGCUGUAACUUCCCUCAUAAUAAGCAUCGGUGAUCAUACAAAAUAUUUGGUUUAUGACCCUAUAAACUGUACUCAAAUACCUUGAUCCUUUAACUCUCAGAUCAGAUUUGUCAUUUUCCUUACUGUCAACCAUACAAUUCUUAUAAUGUUAGUUCAGAGAAUUCAGUAUUGGGUUAACUAAUUAUCCCCAAAUUUAUAUUUUUCUUUAUUUUCAUCACUUAUCUGGUUGAUAUUGUAUUGAUAUUGUAAGGAGAAAUUAUCUCUUGAUCACUCAUGGGAGUUAAAGGGUUAAUUGAUUUUCAUUUUACUCGUAGGCUCUGUGAACCCCUUGAUAAAGACAAUGUCAAUGACGUGGCAACUUUUGCAAAUGAUUUGUCUGGAAAUUUUGCUGGUGUUGUUCAAUAUAACAAGGAUAACAGGGCAUUUGAGGUCAGUUAAGCUGAUUAGUUCUUUCACUCUCAAGCCCUUUUUAUUUAUUCUCCUUACUGUCUGUCAUACAUUUCUUAUGAUGUUGUUUUGAGAAUUUAGUGUUAAGUCAAGUCAUAUCUCUCCUUUGACAUUUUUCUCAGUCUCAUUACCUGUCUGCUUUACCCUCUACACCCUACACAUCAGUAUACACAUUCUCCAUACUGUUCUCUAUACAUUUCCUAAGGUGUUGACAAAGAGAAUUUAUGUAACAAUCAGGACCUUCUUUUGUUGGUGGUCAUUUCCUUUAUUCUUGUGACAUUAAUGUCUGAUUCAGAGUUGAUUUAAGGAGAAAAUAGAUACUAGUCACUCCAAGGGGUUAAAGAAUCAAUCUGAAGUUUCAACAUCCCUCCUCUUGGGCAGCCCAUGGGGGGUAGGGAAUUUGAACUUGCCUGGGUGGGGUGGGGCAUUUGAACCGGAAGUAUCAGGCCUUUCUUGCAUGAUACACAUGAUGUAAUUGAGGAGUUUACAGGUGAAGAGUCUGCUUUUGUUAGAGAAAGGCUUAGAAAGACAAUAUUCACAUUAUAGGACGAUGCCUUCAAGCGAAAAAAAUCCAACGGCAACACUAGAACCUAAUAAAUGAUCUUGCUAAAUUUUACAACAUUCGUCAGUCACAGAAAAAAAUCGUUCCGUUCAAUAUCGGGUGGGCAUUUGAACGCAGUUUUGGGCCGAAUUUGGGGGAAGUGGAAGCUUCUAAUCGAUCUACGUACAAUAGAUUGGGGUAAGUUAACUGUAGUUUAAACCAUUGCAGUGGUGCGUGACGAAUGUUAUAAUUCUACUCUGAUGCUUUUUUUAAGGGUGCCAUCGGUACUAACAUUACAAUUAGAACAUUGUGUGGCAUCAUGAAUGACGAAGGCAUCGGAGCUCCGUUAGCUCGUUAUGCUAAAGUGAACUCGCUGAUGCUUCACACAUACCACGAACAAUGCCUUGAUUCAAACUACAAGAAUUUUAUAGCAGCUUUACAGAACACAUCUUGGAGCAGCAGUGCAUCUGAAGGAGGUAAACUCAUCAUGAAAUUUUUAAAUAUUCACAUGCUGUACAGAGUUAAUUAGUGCUCUAAUUAAGUUGCGACUAUCUUGGUCGCCAUGGCGAGAGGGGGAAAAUGGCGACUAAAAAUUUGCGCAGAAAGUCGCGCAUUUGCCGAAUUGUGUUCGGCGGUUACAUAGAAAGCUGUAACGUUCUCAUUGCGUGAUGUUUCUAGUCCAGAGUUACUUGAGAUAAGCAUUUGCGUAAUUUCUCAGAUGUCUUUUUAAUUUUUGUCUCCGAGAAAAGUUAGGGAAGAUGUCCUUCUCUCGAGAAAAAAUGUGACAGCCGCCCCAAUGGUCGUCAUUUACUACAACUUAGAAAACGUUUUUCUUGGCUACAUGUAUGUCCUACGAAUGUUUUUUUUUCUGACGAGUAAUAUUUUUAUUUCGGGCGACUUUGCUAUGCUUCCCUCUUAACACUGAGAUCGAAGUGGAGAACUUCAAUAAUACCCGACAACAGCGCACGAAAGUUGUGUGUUUUCGCGCUUUUCUUUUUAAAGAAGAAUAUUUACAAAAGUCGUGUUAUUUUGGUUCUUUAUUUAUCUUAUUUUGUUAAAAGCUUUUUUAUGUUGUUAACCAGGUCGCCAAUGGAUGUAUCAGACAUGCACAGAAUUUGGGUUUUAUCAGACCUCAGACUCUGAGAAGCAGCCGUUUGGAGAUCUAUUCCCUUUGAAGUAUGUACAUGAUAGCAGUACAGUAUUUACCGAAAAAAACAAAGACGUACAUCAUAUCAAGAUAGAAUCUCGGUGUGCUUGAAAGAAAUUCCUCUCAACGCACCUAAAUGUCCUGGCUUCAAAGUAAUGACUGCUAGUUAAAAAUGUAAUGGAUUAAUUUCCAAUUGAGUGUUGGGAAGUUAUCCAAAUUGCAUUGGUUUCGCUCUGUGAUUGGUCUACAACACCCGCACCACUCUCUCUCAACCAAAUAAAUGCAAAAUUAAAACCAAUCACGACUUGGUCGCCCGCGUUUUCCCGCACUUUAGGUAGUUAGCUUGCUUUUACUUGAGCUCUCAUUGGCUCGUAAAGGUAUUUUCCUUUCUUCUGAUUAGCUGUUGCGACAGCUUUGGUUUUGGUUUUUUGACGCUCAAUCGAAAAGCGCGUCACGAACUCUUUCCGCCACAACCAGAUCCAUUUAUGUAUCAAAGACGCCAAACGUUGUUGUCAAGAGAAAAACAACUUUUACUGUUCUCCUCAGUGUUUUUCUGUUGGACAUAUAGUAUCUCAGAAACAUAACAUCGCCUACCUGUUCUCCAAUACUGUCUUUAUCAAGACAUAUGUUCCAAAUGUUUUUUUUUCAGGUAUUCAAUUCAACAAUGCAUGGAUAUUUAUGGUGCCCAGUUUAAUGAAGAGAACAUCCGAAGCGGUGUGACUCAGACAAAUACUAACUACGGAGGGUAUGGCAUUGCCGCCAGUAAGGUCAGUUGACAUGCAACUCGGAUCAAUUGGUAUCUCACACGUAUAUGUCUCAUAUUUCCAUCUGGGUUUCGUGCACCACAAAGACACCAAAAUUCGUUUUCCCGUAUCCUUAAAGAAGAUCACAGUUGAUGUUAUUGUGGAACAAAUUAUGAAUUUCAUUUUUUGUGACCAUUAUUCUUCGGAAGACGCGGUUGCUAAGCGGUUACUGCGUUGGACUCCAGGUCGAGGGAUCCUUGCAGGAUCAUUUCCAGUGUUGUGUUUUUCCCAACACCUAGUCAAUGGGAGGCUAACUCGAAAACUUAACAGUUAAUUAGCCUCCAGACUCUUCAUUUGUACAGUUUCUCAGAGUGUUAUGUGUGAAAAUGGCAUUUUUCUUUAUUGUUUAUCUGUAAAUCAGAUCGUUUUCCCGAAUGGCUCCAUCGAUCCGUGGCAUGCACUUGGUAUAACAAAGGAUGUGUCUGCUACAGAACAAGCCGUUUUUAUUGAAGGUGUGUAAAAGAAGGUGCAAUACGCGUUUAGCCAUAUGCAUGCAUUCGAAAAACUGUCAGCACGUUUUUUUGUUAUGAUAGUUGUUCUUGGUUUUGCUAUAACGUAUCUUUAAGGUUUUUCCUUUAUUGUGGUGGAGAUCAGUGUUUACAUCAGUUUCUGUGAAGCCAAGAGAGAUAAGUAUUUUAGCGUGGGAGCAUUCAAAAAACAACCAGCUACACGUGCGUUUUUCUUUCCAAAGUAGACGCUAUGAAACCUUAGAGAAAAGUCACCGUAAUGUCAGCAUUUUUCACGUGCGGGGUCGAAGGAUUUUUAUACUGUCAAAGUAAAAUUUACCUGAUCCCCCAAUAGUUCUGCAUAAUUCUUAUACCCUCCCCUCCCCCUUUCCUUCAUAGGUAGGUACUUGGGAGUAAAUUUUGUAUAAUCCUCCUUUAUACUUUGGCAAAGACUGACCCCUCUCCGUUCCCCCCUGAAAACCAUGUGACUCCCAAAAUCUUUCUCACCUCCACUCCCCUUAAGUAAUAAAUUAUAACUGGUCCUUCGUGUUUGUGUUACUGAAAGUUGUCAUUAUUUUAUUGUUAAUGUUCUAGGUACUGCUCACUGCGCCAACAUGUAUCCAGCUAAUCCGUCAGACCCUCCACAGCUGGUGGAGGCCAGGCACCAAAUUCAGCAACAUAUCAUGAUGUGGCUGCAGGCUGAUUCCUGA